AUGGCGAAGAUAACGUUUCCGUUUCUUGCUGGACCAGAUAAUUUUUCGAAGACAUUAUUAGCUAUAUUCCAGCUGGUUUAUGGAGUUCCUUCUAUUCUAUUGAUGUUCUUUUUGUUUGUUUUCCUAGGAUGCUCCAAGAAAUAUUCAAGUUCAUUUUAUCGAUUAGUUCAAGUAGACCUUUUAACGAACAUUGUGUGCUGGCUUAACACUUGGAUAUCAUUAAGGUCAUCUGAAUAUCCGUUUGGCACGGCAUAUGUGACAAUUCUAUUAGCUUAUAUGCCUUGGCUAUGGAAUGUGUCGGCGCUCUUACUUAACUUUUUCUUUCACAUGCAAUUUUGUUCGGCUGCUUCGUUGAGUAUUCAUCGUAUAUCCUCAAUAUUAUUUUUCAACCAUUAUGAAAAGUUUUGGUCCCGUUACUACAUUCCUGUUCAUAUUAUGUUUUUUGUGUACAGCUGGGUACCUCAACUAAUCUCUGCUGGAUCUGCUCCCCAAAUGAACCUAGUGAACGGUACCUUGUUGUACACAAUAGAUUUGGAUAGAACCGCAAACUUUCAACUCAGUGUCCAAAUUUUUUCGGGGGUCUACUUUGUAUUGCUAGUUGGAGUAAGCUUCUCUAUUCCGAAAAUUGCCGAAAUCAAGUUUCAAAGUCCAAUUACGGACAACAGUGUUUCCAAGAAACUGACAAGAAUCGCUCUUGUUUAUGGCUUUGUUUAUUCUGGAAUUCUUUUUUGGAAUAUUAUCAAUGCUUUACAAGCAAAAUUUGAGAUUUUCCCAAAAGCAUUUGGUCCAAUAUCUUACUCUUUGCUAAGUGUCGCAGAUUUAGUAAGCUCAAACCUUUUUUUUUUCAAUACAGAAAUGAACAAUAUCAUCAAGUAUGGUUCUAUCGAAGGUAUUCCACUUUAUAACUGCAGUGGUCUCACUCCCGAGGAAUGGUCGAAAGAAAAAGGGUACCCCCGUCCUAUAGCUGGAACAAUCGACAUGACUUAUGGGAUAACCAUGAACAUUCUGUACCUACCAAUUUUGUCGGUUAUGUUUGAGCCGGAAAACUUCAAAAUGUCUUGCUUCAAAAUUAUGACCUUCCUUGGAAUAGUUGACAUGCUCGCUCUAUGGGUCAACUCUAUUAUAACUGGGUUUUUGGCCUAUCAGGGUGCAGUGUACUGUACAUACCCAAACCUAAUUUAUAUCACCGGCAUGGCUGGAUUGGGUCUCUGGUGCUGUUCAUGCAUCAUUGCAAUGAGUUUGGUAAUCAAUCGAUUAUUGGACCUUACCAAGGAAUCGCCUAGUACUCAAAUAUUCUUCCAAUCUGCAUUGAUCUGCGCCGUUAACCAAGUCGCUUCUGUCAUCUAUGUCAUCAUGAACUUUAUCGAAGUUCCGCUGUGGUUGAUCAUGCUCGGGCAUAUGCUAUGGCAAACUGGACAUGGAGCUCCUGUAUUUAUUUACCUUGGGCUUAACAAAAAAAUAAGGACAGGAGUUUUGAAACGGCUCGGCAUUAAAACAGAAUCUAUGAGCGGUUCGGUGGUUCCAGCACAAGCAGCUGUCUAA